UGUGUGCACAAGCUCUUGCCCCGCGUUGAAGAGGUUGAUCGUGCUGGGGAUCACGACAUAAGUGAAUCGUUGUGGUGCGCUGUUGAUGCCGAACGAUUAGCAGAGUUGGUGUCCUGAAAGCUGAAAAGUUUUGUGCGCAAUAACGCGAGAACAGAUCGCAGACCGCUGCGCCAGCUGCAACCAACUCUGUCUACAACACAGGCAACAAAGCUACAUAGGCGCACAAGCCGCCGACAUUUGAGAAGUGCUGGAUGAAGUCCUUCCGAGCAUGGCGCCAAGAGAGCCAAUGGCAGCUGGAUGAAGAUGGCGGCGAGUGCGAUGUUCCAACAGGAGGCAGUAGUAGGCACGUGUCGCGGGAGGCAGGAGGAGGGAUGCGCCGUGGGGACACUUUGCGGAGCAUCACCAUGCCCACGUCGGAUGACCGCGAGCUAAGCGGCGGUCGGGUCGUCAACGAGGAGGCUAUCUACAACAUGCGCAAGAGAUGGAUCAGUGACCGCUUAAUGGAGAGGGAGGGCAACUUCUGCCGAUACCCGUCCGUGACAGUGUUUUGCGGCACGUACAAUGUCGCUGGUAAGAAGUCCGAGGGCGAAGAUCUGGGACCCUGGCUGAAGCAGUGCACAGGGGAACCUGACAUCUACGCUCUGGGGUUCCAGGAAAUCGUGGACUUGAACGCCGUCAACGUGGCGGUUUCGGAUAGCAAGAGCCAACAGCGUGCGGCGAUAUGGCGGCAAGAGCUGGAGAAGUUCCUCUCGACCAAGAGGAGCCGGUACACCCUAGUCGAGCACCGCAGCCUGGUCGGCAUCGUCCUGUUCGUGUACGUGAGAGAAAACCACAUCCAAGAUGGGGCCGUCAAAGACGUCCAGGCAACGACGGCACGGGUAGGCAUGAUGGGGGUCAUGGGUAACAAGGGUGCGGUGGUGGUGCGUCUCUCGCUGUACGACAGCACGCUCUGCUUCGUGUGCGCGCACAUGGCCGCGAAGAGGGCUAACGUCCUAGGCAGAAACGCCGACUUCUGGAGCAUCUUGAAUAAGACGGCUUUCGUGGGGGACCCGGAAACGGCUUGGGAGUUCCGAGACCUUCCGUGCGAGUUCAGCCGUGGGCGCGUGGAGGGCGGGGUAGGUAUUCUAGACCACGAUGUAGUGUUUUGGCUGGGCGAUCUGAAUUACCGUGUCUCAGAGACGGUUCACCUGGACGAGGUGUUCCGACGCUGCCGCAGCAAGGAGGGGAAGGUUUUCCUCCAGGCGCACGAUCAGCUCAACCUAGAGAGAGCGCGGGGCCCCCGCGCAGCCUUCGGGGACUUCGAAGAGGCUCCUAUAACUUUCCCACCAACGUACAAGUACCAGCCUGGGACACAACUGUACGAGGAGCGGCCAGAUAAGAAGCGACGGGCGCCGGCGUGGUGUGAUCGCGUUCUGUGGCGAACGCGCGACGUCGGGCACGUGACUUCCGUCAGAUAUGCUAGGGGCGACCUUGUCUUGUCCGAUCACAAGCCAGUGUGUGCCGAGCUAUCCGUCAAGAUCCGCCUCAUCGAGCGCGCGGAGCACCGGCGAAAUUUCGAGGACAUAACCGGCCAGAUCCGACGGGUAGAGUCGCAGGGCUCCGCCCCGGAGAUAACUCUCGGGUCGUCCGCCAUCGACCUAGGAGAUGUCUACUACAGGACGAUGGCGUCAAUGGUGCUGAGGGUGGCCAACGUCGGGCAAGGGUUGGCGUUCCUUAGAUUCACCUCCAAGCUGGGCGAGCUAGUGCCGUUCCGAAGGUGGCUGCGUGUGGAGCCGCCAUUUGCGCUGCUGACUCCAGGGGAGAGAGCGGAGUUCCGUGUGUCGGUGUUCAUAGACCGCCUAACCGCACGGGAGCUUUGCGCAGGCUUCGAGGUAUUAGAGGAACUUCUGGUCCUCCGCCUGGAGGGGGGAGCAGAGCACUACAUCCCCGUGCUGGGGCGUUACGCGAGCCGGGCCUUCGGAACUCCGUUGGAGCAGCUCUCGGCAAGACACGGCUCGCAGGCGGCGCGGCUAGGAAUUCCAGUAGAGCUGUGGAGGUUAGUGGACUCGGUGAUUGGAUCGGGGGCCCUGCAGACGGCAGAGGGGGCGGCGGAACUCUUCCCGCCCGUGGAGACGGCCAUGCCUCCCGACGUCCCAUUGGAGGACCAAACGGCGGCUGUGCUCAGGUGCCUGGACGCAGGCUCCGAGUUCCCGCCAUCGAUCGAACGACCGGCGCUGGUGUCCGCCAUGCUGGCGUUCUUGUCGUCCCUGCCAGAGCCCGUCGUACCGGUAGCGGCGGUGAAGGCCGUCGAAUCGGAGCUCGCGGCCCACCGGGUGUCGGGGGCUAGCGGCCAGGGGGCAGGCGGGACCGCCGGAGGGGCUUGGGGGGAAACGUUCCUGAGAGCGUUGUCUCCCUCCCAGCACAACGCGUUUCUUUACGUUGCGAGCUUUUUGCGAGAGGUUGCCAGGGCAGGACGAUCGGCGGGAUUGCGUAGCGGACCGUUGGCAUCCUUCGCGUGCGACUCGCUGUGUUUCCCGGAUUCCCCCUGGCUCGGCUCCGUUGGUUCUAGCAGCAACAGCAGCACCAUCGUGGGCGCCAGCGAUGGGUCUAGCGACACGAGUGUGCCUUGGCAGGAGCACCGAGAGGUGUUUCGUGUCCUGCUCAGCUCGUUUGUGUCGGCCACGAGAUAAGUUGUGAUGGGAUAGGGUUAGGAGACCACUGUAAUCGCUGCACCUAAGACACGUAAGACAUGUCAUGUGCAGAUAUAAUUCCUGCAUCCAUCCAUGUAUCUCUACUGCUGGGGGCACAUCACGUUUUUUUGUUUGUUUGCGUGUAUGCAAGCGUGGGCCAGAUGAUGCUUCUUUGGCGUAGCGUCAGGCGGGGAGGGGUGGUGGGAUAUGGCGCGCAAGACUUCAACCUCAGGGGUGCGUUUGGUCCGGGCUGAGAAGUUGCAGUUGGUACGCCUCCGUUGUUCUCGAUUACCCGUCGCUUGGUGUGUUCGGAUCAUUGGUCGAUGCCGCUGCAUAUGCUGGGAUUUGGCGAGUCAGCCGGCCUUUCGAGAUGUGGGUUUAUGGACAGAAGAAGUUUCGAGGCGAUCUCGAUUUUCCCAGUCUUACGCUUGUUAGACGCCAAGGACAAAUGUUGUACGCUCAUGUGCUCCGCACGCCUACAAGAAAAGGCGACACUGUAUGAAUAUCGUGGUAGCAGGGAGAGGCUGCUGCAAGUGUAAGUAACAUGAGCGAUAAAUUGAAGCUCCGGUCAUGCCGCAUCCCAGUCAGCACUCCCGACCGAAGAUGCAUUGUAGGUUGAGAUUGACAGACGUUUCUUCAAUCGUGUUGGCCAAAUAGUUGGCAUCGCAGAUUGUCUGAACCUGCGUGCUGGGUGCCGUUAUUUGUUUAAGGCGGCGUCGUUGCCGCAGUGCGGGAUGGCGCGGUUGAAAAGGGGGCGUCAUAUUUCGUCCUCUGGUGUGUGAACCCCCGCCGGCUGGUGCGUCAAACAUAUGCCAAAAAAAAGAUAUAGACUGGUGGCAGGCAGAAUAGAUGGGACGAGAGCAAGAUUGUGCACGUUGGUUUGGGGAGACACGCUCGUCAGGAUCUCUGUAGUAUCCGACGCCGUGUCGCUAUGGUCUUGGUAUAUAUAGUCUCGUGCUGCCGGAAAGUUGGUCUGCUAGUUGUUGGGGUUGCACAGCCGAAGGAUUCGUGGCUCACUUGAUUGCAGCAGCACGACCCUAACUUUGUUUCGUAUGAUCCAUCGGGCAUCUACUGUAGAGGGUGCAUCCAUUCUUGCGCCAUUUGACGUGGCAGCGAGGGUCACGGUGGAGUUGUUACUUUUUCUUUUUUUUUUUGUCUCCGCAUUUCCCCCUGUGGUGCUUGCCUUUGUUUUUUAUCGCGACAAUGGUUGAUGAUUCAGCCGUCUCUUUCUCUCGUCGACCAUGAAGUCGGCGUGUGUUAAUACUCACGAAAUUUAUCGAUUGGCACCGCGAACUGCAACGUUU